AUGGCUGACGAAGUGGAUAGUGUCUUGGCUGACAGUGUAUUACUCGAAAAUGUCAAAUCUUUUGCUGCCGGUGGUUUCGGUGGUAUUUGCUCAGUUUUAACUGGCCAUCCUUUUGAUUUAAUGAAAGUCAGAAUGCAAACCAAUUUUGCUUCAUCUACCGUUUCUUGUGUCAAGAAAACCUUUGCUCAAGAUGGUUUACGUGGAUUCUACAGAGGUGUCAUCCCUCCUCUAAUCGGUGUUACUCCAAUGUUCGCUGUCUCAUUUUGGGGUUAUGAUUUAGGUAAAAAACUUGUUUCUUAUGCCUAUGAUACCGAUCCUUCGAAAUUCUCCAUCGCUCAAAUAUCAAUGGCCGGUUUUUUUAGUGCUAUUCCAACAACUGCCAUCGCUGCUCCCUUUGAAAGAGUUAAAGUCGUUAUGCAAAUCCAGGAUGCCAAAUCCCAAAAAUCUUUAAUCGGUACUGUCUCCCAAAUCUUGAAAGAAGGUGGUUUAAGAUCUUUAUUUAAAGGUUCUCUAGCCACUGUCCUAAGAGAUGGCCCCGGUUCCGCUUUAUAUUUCGCCACUUAUGAAUAUGUUAAAGGUGAAUUAACUAAGAGAACAACUGGUGAUUCCGGCGAAUUAUCAUUAUUAGCUAUUUCAACUGCUGGUGGUUUAGCUGGUGUUUCCAUGUGGUUGGGUGUUUUCCCUGUCGAUACCAUCAAAUCUCAACAACAAUCUUCUAGUGUAAGCAAAUCAAUGGCUCAAGUCAUCAAGGAAAUCCUUAAAACUAAAGGUAUCAAAGGUUUCUUCCCAGGUGUUGGUCCUGCUUUAUUGAGAUCCUUCCCAGCCAAUGCUGCUACUUUUGUUGGUGUCGAAUUUGCAAAGGAUUUUAUGAAUAAAUUAUAA